AUAUAAAUAAAAAAGAUGUCUUGGGAUCCUAAUGCUGGUGCUGACUUUCAGUCAGAGGCUCCUCGUUCUUCUGAAUACGAGUCUCGUCCUCCUCGUCCUGAGCCCACCGAGGAACAGUUACAACACAGAAACUACGAUUGGGCUUCUAAUCGCGCUCGUUAUGAAUAUAACGAAAAUGCUGUUGAUGACCAAGGUAUGGCCCCUCGUGAUUCUACUUUGGAAGCAGAACUCUUUGAAGAAAACUCUGCUGAACAACAAUCUCAACUCGACUUUUCCAAGUAUGAAAAGAUUCCUGUUCGUGUUGAACGUGGUAGUGCUCCCAACCCCAUCAGAAGUUUUGAAGAGGCUGACUUGAACCCUGUCAUGAAGGAGAAUGUCCGUUUAGCACGUUAUACUGCUCCUACACCUGUUCAAACCUAUUCUAUCCCAAUCGUUACUGCCGGUAAGGAUUUGAUGGCUUGUGCCCAGACUGGUUCUGGUAAGACUGCUGCUUUCUUGAUCCCUACUUUGUCUGCUCUCUUCACCUCUGCCAAGCAACUCCAAAAGCCUCGUCCUGCUCCCUAUGAAACCAGACAAUAUAAGGCUGAACCCCUUGUUCUUAUCAUUGCUCCUACUCGUGAACUCUGUUCUCAAAUCUUUGAUGAAUGUAGAAGAUUCACCUACAGAAGUUGUUUAAGACCUUGUGCCGUUUAUGGUGGUGCUGAUUCUAUGGGUCAACUUCGUCAACUCGAAAGAGGUUGUGAUGUUUUAGCUGCUGCUCCUGGUCGUCUUAUGGAUUUCAUUGGUCGUGGCAAGAUUGGACUUGAAAGAGUUAAGUAUCUUGUUCUCGAUGAAGCUGAUCGUAUGUUGGAUAUGGGUUUCGAAUCCAUUAUUCGUAACUUGGUCACCAAGAACGGUAUGCCUGCUGACAGACAAACCCUUCUCUUCUCUGCUACUUUCCCCAGAGCCAUUCGUUCUUUGGCCCGUGAUUUCUUGCGUCCUGACUAUCUUUUCUUGAGAGUUGGUCGUGUCGGUGGUACUUCUGAAGCUAUUACUCAAAAGAUUAUGCAUGUCGAGGAAGAUGAAAAGAGAGAAGCUCUCCGUACCUUAUUGAACUCUCAACCUCCUAGCCGUACCUUGAUCUUUGUCGAGACUAAGCGUUCCGCUGAUAGUUUGGAUCAUUAUCUCUUCGAACGUUCUUUCCCUUCUACCUCUAUUCACGGUGAUCGUACUCAAAUGGAGAGAGAAGAUGCUCUCUUAGCUUUCAAGAGAGGUAAAUGUCCUAUUCUCGUUGCCACUGCCGUCGCUGCUCGUGGUAUUGAUAUUCGUAACGUCAUGCAUGUCAUCAAUUACGAUAUGCCUCAAGAUAUGGAUGAAUACAUCCAUCGUAUCGGUCGUACCGCUCGUGUCGGUAAGCCUGGUUUAGCCACCUCUUUCUAUAAUGAUCGUUCCGAGCAAUUAGCUCCUCAACUUACCAAGUUGUUAAAGGAAUGUAAGCAAGAGAUCCCCGACUUCUUGCAACAAUACAUCUCUGACGAUACUACUUGGGAUGAUGAACUCGAUGAUAAUGAGGUUGAAGCUCCUAGCUAUGCCGGUCAAGAGUAUGUCCCUAUGGAGAGAACUGCUCCUGGUGCUCCUCAAGGUUAUAACAAUGCUGAAGGUACUGGUGCUGCCGAUGGUGCUUUCGAUGGUGGUAACACUCGUCCUGGAGAUUGGAACUGUCCUGAAUGUAGUCAAUCCAACUUUGCUUCUCGUUAUGAGUGCUUCAAGUGUAAUGCUGCCAGACCCGAAGGUGCUGGAGGUGAUGCCGGAGGUGAACGUCGUAAUAACUCUCGUCCUGGAGAUUGGGAUUGUCCCGAAUGUAGCCAAUCUAACUUUGCUUCUCGUUAUGAGUGCUUCAAGUGUAACGCUGCUAGACCCGAAGGUGCUGGAGGUGAUGCUGGAGGUGAACGUCGUGAACGUCCUCCUAGACGUGAUGGUGAUUGGGAUUGCUCUGGUUGUUCUGCUGUCAACUAUGCUUUCAGAACCGAUUGCUUCAGAUGUCAUGCUCAAAAGAGUGAAGAAGGUGGCGAUAGCGGUGCCUAUGGUUAUGAUCAACCCGCUGAAGAUACAUCUGCUACUGAAACCGCUAACUGGGAUUCUUCUGCUACUCCUAGCUGGGGUGGUGCUGCUGAAACCUCUGCUCCCGCUGCUUCUUCCGGUGGAUGGGGUGGUGCCGAAACCGCUGCUCCUGCUGCCUCUUCUGGUGGAUGGGGUGCUUCUGAGCCCGCUGCUGCCGCUCCCGCUGCCUCUUCUGGUGGAUGGGGUGCUCCUGAGCCUGCUGCUGCCGCUCCCGCUGCCUCUUCUGGUGGAUGGGGUGCUCCUGCUGCUUCUAGCCCUGCUCCCGCUCAACAACAACAACCCGCUGCUGGUGGAUGGGGUGCUCCCGAAGCUGCUGCUCCCGCUCCCGCUGCCGCUGGUGGAUGGGGUGCUCCCGCUGCCUCUACACCUUCUCCCGCUCCUGUAGCUGCUACACCUCCCCCUCAACAAGCUUCUGGUGGAUGGGGUGCUCCCGCUCCCGCUGCUAGCCCUGCACCUGCCGCUGGUGGAUGGGGUGCUCCUGCUGCUUCUAGCCCUGCUCCCGCUCAACAACAACAACCCGCUGCUGGUGGAUGGGGUGCACCUGCACCUGCCGCUGCUCCCGCUCCCGCUGCUGGUGGAUGGGGUGCUCCUGCACCUGCUGCUGCUGCUCCUCCCGCCCAACACACUCCUCCCCCUCAACAACAACAACAAGCUCCCGCACCUGUUGCUGCACCUGCUGCUGGUGGAUGGGGUGAACCUGUUGCUCCUUCCGCUGGAGGUUGGGGUGAACCUCCUUCUGCCACCAAUGGUGCCGGUUGGUAAAAUCCUUACUAUUAAAAAAAAAAAUUGGCUGGACGUUAUUGAACUUGUAGAUUAUUUGCGUACUUUUCUUUUUUGUUUGUUGAAAUGUAUAUUUUGACAGAAAUGAAACUCUCACACUCACACAAUAAAAAAAUGGAAAAUUUAUAUAUUAUUUUUC